AUGUCUGAAAACGAGGUAAAAGAUGGGAAGAAAUCUCCGGCGAAGGUUUUUCCAAUAGAGCCAUCCACGUUGUACAUCGAUGAUCCUAAAGCUAACACUAAAGGUGAGUGUAUAUAAUAUUAUUUUGAACAUUCUUAGUCUUUUAAACGAGUUUAGUGACUUUUUUUUAGCAACAAGCUGUGCUGUAUUCUUGUUCAACUCUGUCUACUUUUCAUUCCCCUCAAAAUGGAUUUUUUUUUCUUGAAAUCUUUACGGAAACUUUCGAUUUUUUAUCAAUAUUGACCUAUUCCUUCAUCAUUGAAAAAAAUGAGAUUUAAGACAAGAAAUGUAUACUAACUAUAUUUUUCCCAAAAUUAGGUUACUCUCAAAUUCACCAUUCAAAUUGACUAGAAAUUUUUUUCCUUUGAUUAAACUUCAAGCUAAAGUAAAUGCUAAAACGUCCAUUGAUUAAUUCUUUUGACCUCCUAAACAAAAACAGAAACAGUAAUAACAGUUCUUAUCAAGCACUUUCUCGUUCCAUCGCUGAUAUUGAGCAGGCAUAAAAUGCGCUCGUUGACCAUUCAAAAAAUUAUAGUUCAUGAAAUUUUCUGCUUUUCUCGUUGAAUAAUGCAAGAAAAACCUUCUCCCGCUUCUAGAAAGCUUCUUAUAGGUUUUCCAUAGCUUUUUUGAAGAUUACAUUCAUUCCCUCCAUUCAGGAUAUGACAUAACUCCAAGCGAAACGGAGAGUAUCACAAAAGAAAAAGGCAGUUUCCUGGACCCUUACAGACGUCUCUAUGCCUUUGCAGACAACAUCGAUAUCCAGGUAUCACUUUGAUAUUUUUUUUUUUCAAAACUUCCUUGCUCAGCUCAUGGCUCUGGGAGUUCUCAGCGCUCUUCUUCAAGCCGCUCUGCCGCCGUUCGUUUGGCUCGUCAUGGGCAAUUUCGUCUCUCUUUCUAUUCUUCGCGAGGUAUUUUACCACCAACAACAAUUUCGCUCGAAAAAAAAACACACAUAUAAAAUUCAGGAACAAAAACUGGGGUUGAAAAACUUCUCAGUGAUUGAUGAGCCCGUUGACGAUUCUUUUGCUUCGUCGGCAAUGCCGGCCUUCAUUUCCAUGUUGGGAUUGUCGAUUGCAAUGUUUAUCGCGGCGUUUGUUCAGGUAAAACCAAAAAAGAAUGAAACAACUGAAACGUUGAAGAAUAAAUGAAUGAGUAUCUUGAAAAAUAUAAGGCAUUUUGAAAUUUCCCUGAUGCAAUUUUUGAUUUGAAACAUGGAUGUAACUAGGAAAAAUGUCUCUCAUGAAGGUGUCGCUGUUAAAUUCAAUUCUUACAACUUUUGGGCUGACUUGUUCCCUGCUCCCAAUCUCAAAGUUAGCCGAGCGCAAGAAAGAACAAAAAUGAAAUUAGAAGCUGAUUGGGUGCUGCAAUUCCUUUUUUUCAAAAGCAAAGUGGGGAAAUCAAAUUCUAUGAUUUUUUUGAAAAUUAGUCAACUUUGAUUUAUCUCCAUUUUUUCUUAUUACUCAACAAACUUUGAACGUCGAAGCUUUGGUUAUUUUUCUAAAUCCCCUGUCCGCCGACUUUUUGAUCAGUUUUUCUCUUUUUUCCAGCGCCUCGUCUGGGAACUUUCUUCAAUCCGUCAAGUUUUCCGAGUGAAAGAAGCCUACAUUAGAAAAUUGCUUUUAAUGGAUGUUUCCUGGCUGGAAUCCCGUCAAAGUGGCCAGGUUGCUUCGAUGUUACACGAGUGGGUUUUUAUCAGUUUCAAAAAAGGUCAAGAAAAAUGUAUUUAUAAGGAAGCUCUUUUGAAAAAAACUCAUGAGGAAAAAUCGAAAAGAGCAGUUUUUUGAAGCAAUUGUUGGUUUCUUGGUUACUUGAGAAAGUGAGAAAUUCGAUGAGAGAAUCUCAAAGGAAAAGGUCAAGUGAUUUUUUGAUCGUUGAAGUUUCAAAUUUGCCUCGCCUUGCACUCAACUUUCUGGUCUGAUCGUCACUAUUUCCAGUAACUCGCUCAAUCCGUCAUUCCAUUAGUUCACUUCAUAAUCAAUUAGGCUUCGAAGGUCGUUGAAAAAAAAAAACUCAAAAUAGAAAAUGAUUUUUCAUGCUGUCCUGGACUCAAACUUCAUUUAUAAGCUAGAUGUACUACUUAAAGUAAACCAAGGUAUUUUUGAAAAAUGAAGAGAAAUUCACUUGAUUUUUGAUUUUAUGCAACUGAAAAGAACUGCGGCAUCUACUCCCAAUGCAUCCAUAUCGUUGAGAAAGUGGAAAAAGCUUAGUGAAAAAUAAUUAUCUUAUUGAAAAAGAAGUAAAAAAUGGGAAUUGCACGUUCAAAGAGGAUCUCAGCGAGUUUUACAAAACUUGUAAAUAUUUGCUUUUACCUCUUUAGUCAUACGAUGUAUUUCAAGUUAUUUUUUUAAUUUUCAGACAUGCUGAUUCAAUCUACAACGGAAUAUCAGAACAUCUACCGAUGGUUCUGUUCAUCUGCGCUUAUCUUCUGGUGAAUAUCGGAGUGUGCCUGUACAUCCAGUGGGAUGUGACCCUUCUGAUGUGCCUCGCCAUUCCACUCCUCAUUCUCUCCCGAAUUCUUUACAGCAAAGUAAAUUUCUCAAGAACGAGAAAUUUCCUAAUUUUUUCAUUGUUAGUGGUUUGCCACGACAAUGCAGGAAGAGAACAAUCUGCAAAACAAGAUUACAAACUUGGUCAGCGAAACUUUCAACUGUAUCACGACUGUCAUCUCGUUUGCAGCGCAGAAGCAGACAAUCAGCAAGUGAGAGAAAACAAGUUGAUUUUAGACAAUUAGGAAAAAAUAAUCAGGUUCGAGAAAUUGUCAGCGGAGCACAACAGCUUAACUGAGCAGAGGUUACGGUCUUCUACAGUUUUUUUGACAGCUUAACACAGGUGAGAAAACGAAUUAUCUUAUACGGACUUUGAAGAGAUUUUCCUUGGAAAAGCGCUGAAAAUUUAAGUUCUGUUUACUUUUUCAAUAUUCAAAAAAUUUUUUUGUUUUUGAAGAUGAGUAACGACAAUUUUUUCAGAUCUUGUUGACGGAACUUAUUUUCACAGCCGCUAUUUGUUACGGGAUCUGGCGAGUUGCAGACAAUUCUCCUGGUCGUCUUUGUGCGGUAAAUUUCCUUUUUUUCUGAAUUGGAUUUAAAGAUUUUUUCCUUUUAUCAGUAAAGAAGAGAUCAUGAACAACUUCGAGACAGGAAUUUUCAGAAUUUAGUCUCAUUUUUUCAGAUAGCUCUCACUGCAUUCUUAUUCCCUGAAUUCAUUUCUUUUUCUAUUUAGCUAGCCAUCAACAUGCUCUACAUGUGCGUCACCUCAAUCUCCAUCGGCUUCCACAUUAAUGGCGCUGGAAGAGCGAAAGAAAAUGCCAAGGAAAUGUGCAGCAUUCUGAGUAAGUGAAUGGUUCCACCCUUUUUCUCUCAAAUAACUAUCAACUAUUAGUCAACCCCGAAACAAUCUAUGAUUUGCAUUGUUCUCCAUUUUUCUUGUUCAAGAACAAUUCCACUAUCAUUAGUUUACAGAUGAGUCGCCGAAAAUUGAAUGUGACAACUUUUCCAUCGACGACCCGGCUAUGCCUGUCCGCCGGCCCAAGUACCGACGGCAGAGCAUGAAAUUUAUGGGUACAAAUCAGAAAAAGAGAAAUUGAAAAAAACAUUGUGUCAUGUUUAAGGGAAAGGAGCGAUCCACUUCAGAGACAUACACUUUGCUUACCCUAGUCGGAGAGAUAUUCAGGUUGGUUUUGUAAUUUUGAGUUCUUCUGUGCAUUUAGAAGGGGGAAGGGAAGGUUCGAGCUUUGCUACACAAGGAAUGAAACAAGCAAUCGACCUUGUUAAAUUAUUCGUUUGAUCUUUUAAAAAAAUAUUUUUGAAAAAACUCAAUGCCAGCUUUAGAAAAAUUGUAAAUUUUCACCAAAAAGCCUUGAAAAAUCAAACGAACAUUUCUUAUUAUUUUUUGAAGUCAUCUGAAAAUAAUUUCAAAUCAUUCAUAAUUGUUUUAAGCCAUUUCAAAAAAAAGAGAUUUUUUUCAAUUUACCUAGUUUCAAUACCGCAAGGUACUUUGAUUUGGCAGUUCAAAAUAUUUCAUUUCCAGAUCACAACUUUUGCAGGUACUGAAAGGAAUAUCUUUCUCGGUGGAAGCGGGAGAAAAAGUAGCCAUCGUGGGGCCAAGCGGAAGCGGCAAAAGCACUCUCACAGCGCUUUUGUUGCGUUUUUAUGAUCCAACGAGCGGCAGUGUAAUUCAUUACCAUCGGCUUGCCCCCAUCCUUUUUUCUUUUAGAUCUUGCUGGACGGAGAAAACAUCAAGACAAUGAGUCCUGACGACUUGAGGGGUCAAUGUUCUCUUGUCAGUCAGGAGCCAGUACUUUUUGAUGGAACUAUCAGUGAUAAUAUUCGAUAUGGAAGAUUGGACGCCACACAGGUGGAUAAAAAAAUAUGAUAAGAGAGAAAAAGAAAAGUUCAGCAAGAAAUCAACGACGCUGCAAGGAAAGUGGGAGCUUGGAAGUUCAUCAAUGGUCUCCCAGAAGGCAUGAGGACUAGAGUAGGAGAUCGGUUGGUGUUUUGUGCAAUUUUUAAAGAAAAAGGGCCAGAUCGCAUAAUCAUUUUGUCAGCGGGCAAAAAUAACAUCGAGAAGUGCAGAAACCUAGAAAACCUUAAUUUAAACGAAAAUUUCAUUUCGACGAAUUUUUAAAAAGAUCGAUUUUUUUGUAUGAUGAACUUUCUCUAAUGAAGAAGUAAAUCUCCGGGAAAGGAAGACAAAUGAAAUUUGAAGCACUGCAAAAGACACAAGAAAAACAAUUUCAAUCUGAAAUUUUUCAGAGGUCACCAACUUUCCGGCGGUCAGAAGCAGAGAGUCGCAAUAGCCAGAGCUGUGAUAAGGUAUUUCUCAAAUGUUUCUAUUCAACUUGAGGGUUUUCAGAAAACCAGUGGUGAUGAUUUUUGACGAAGCCACUUCUGCUUUGGACAACAUUCAUGAAGAAGAAGUCCAACACGCCAUUGACCUGGCUUCUGAAGGCCUCACGACAGUCACCAUUGCUCACAGGUCCAAAGAGUAUUCAACCUUUUGGAACAAAUUUCAAGUUUCAGAUUGACUACUAUCAAAAACUCGGACAGAAUAAUUGUUCUGGACGAUGGCAAAAUUGUGGAGGACGGUGCUCCCGACGAUCUUUUAGCAGAUGAAAAUGGACGAUUCUACAAGGUGUUCUGAAUCAUCCAGAGCAUGAUGUAAAUAAGCGUUCAGAUGUACAAUGACCAACGUCUUGACCACAUCCAGCCGCCUGUAGCUGAUCAAAAAGUUUCUUUGUCUCAAGCCAUGUCCUUCACGGCUCCCACUGAAUUUGUGCGUUUCAACAAAACGAAAGAAUAAUAAAAUUCGAAACUUUAGGACCUUGAACAGCAAAGAAGAGUUUGGGCUAGAAGCUCACUAGGAGCUGGUAAGAAGCUUGGCAAAUCUUAUUCAGUUGUCAGCUUGGAGAAGGAAAAACUGGCUCUUCCUGGUGAGAUUGAUCAGAAUCUAAAUCAUCGUUUUCCAUUAAUGACUGAAUCAUGGACAUUUAUCAGAAUUUUUUUGUGAGGAAUAAUUGUUCAUAAUUUUUUUAUAUGAAAAAAAUUUAUUUUUUUGAAUCUCUAAAAAAAGAUUUCAAAUUUCUUCCGCCUAUACCCAGGAAAAAAAUAUAACCGAUUCAGUACUGAACUUUCUUUUUUUAAACGGAAAACUAUAAAUUAAAAAUAAAAUCUAAUUUCCGAUUCUCAAGUCCUCUGCAUUUUUAAAAUUUUUUCGUAAUCAAAAUCGAAAAAAAAACGAAACCCAGCCUAUAAAUUUGCCAAUUUUUCGAUAAAGAUAAGACAAAAUUUAAGUUAUGAGCAAGAAGAAGUCGCAAAGACUCGACUACAAAUACUCCAACGUCAACGCGAUGGCCUUGGAGCGAUCUUUCGACGAUGAGGAAGAGGUGAAAAAACAAAAAAGGAUCAAUAAUAUUCCAUAAAUUCAGACUCUUCCUGGAAAGACUUCUUUUUCAGUGGUCACUGACCUCAUAAAGUCUUACCGUGAAGGACUUCCUCUUUUAUUUGGUGCUAUCCCGACUACAGUAAUUCGAGCUUUCUUCUAUCUUCUUAUAUGCUUCCAAGUUGCUUCAGUCCUUGAGGUUAAUCAUAAAAAAAAGAAGUUUUCAAAAUGAGUUUCAGAUCUCCAUUGUUUCUGAUGAAGAUAGACCUUUGGAAAUUUUCAUUGUAGCGAGUGCAUACACAGCUUUAAUCAUUGUGAAGACUAUUUUUGAAGCUCUUGGGGUAAGCAAAAUGGUAGUUUUUCUUUGAAAAAAGGUUUUUUCAGCGACUUUUCAUUGCUUUAUACGGACAUGGCUUUUGCAGUUACAUGAGAAGCGAAAUGUUCAGAAAGGCAAGUAAAAAGUUUCAAACUGAUAUUUCAUUCAUCUUCAAUUUGAACCAAAACUGAAAAUUUGUCAUUCACGUGUGAAUGGACUAUUUCAAAAAUCUUAUCAAAAAAAUUUAUCAGGAAGACUUUGAAACUUUUUGAAACUGGUAAAAAAUGUUUUUUUGUAGGUCUUACGGCAUGGUUCUGCUUAUUUCGAUGAAGAAAGAAAUUCACCCGGAAGAUUAGUUCAUAAAAUAAUCAGUGAUUCUUCAACGCUCAACAAAAUCAUGGAACAGAAGUUGGACAUGCUCAUUCCAGGAUUCGUCUGCUCAGGUCCUCCAUUCUUUUCCCGCGCUUCAAAAGAUGAACUAAUUUUAGUGUUCUCGAUAAUGUGCGCUUUGUGGAUCAACUGGAAAAUGGCGCUUCUGUGCUCUUUCCAGUUUCCGGCCUACUUUAUCAUCCGAGUUCUUCAAAUAAAAGAAGGAACCAAAAGACAGCGACAAAUGGUUGAAGAAGAAAAAAAAGCGGCAAACUUGACGACGAUAGUUCUUUCAAACAUGGGCACGAUUAAGGUGAGAAAAUAAGAAGCAGCGAGGAUUUCGAAAAAGUUUCUCAGGCUUACAACUUGCAAGCUCAUUUUUACAACGUCUUCACGAUGGCCCUGAAACCCGUGUCAAAGUGAGAAAUCAUCAUUUUCAAAAAUGGACAUUUUUUUCAGAGCAAUGCAGAGACAAUCGCUUAUUUCGGCUAUCGUUUUCGCUUGCCAGUAUUCUUUUACCUACAUCCUUAUUGCAAUUACGCUGUAUUUUGGUAAAGUGAUGAUGCUGGCAAAUGAAAUCUCCGUGUUUGAUUACAUGAGGUGAGAAAAAUGCAAAAACCAGGACAUUCUCAGAAACCAAUUAAUUCUUCAGAGUUGUGUUGCUAACGCAGUUUGGAGCCAAUUUCUUCUCUCAACUCAUCGCCUCUGUCACUGAUUUGACAAAAGCUCAAGUCGCUGCAGAAAACGUGAUGCGAGUAAUGAAGGAAGCACCAGUCGAUAUGGAUAAUUUGAGCGAAGAAGGUCUCAGACCUGUAAGUACAGUGAGACAAAUGAAAAGUGAAAAUGUUUCUUUUUCAGAAGUUAGAGGGAAAUUUGUGCUUGAAAGAUGUCAAGUUUCGCUACCCUACUAGACCAAUCAUCCCUAUUUUAAAAAAUAUAAACUUGACGGUGAGUCGUAUAAUGAUUGAAAAUAAUCUUAGAGAAAAAAGUAAAGUUGAAAAUAACUCCGAGCUUCAGGUGAAAGCUGGAGAAUCGAUAGCUUUGGUUGGCCCAUCAGGCUCAGGAAAAUCGUCAAUCAUAUCCUUGUUCCAACGAAUGUACAACGCUGUAGACGGAUUCGUUAUUGUGGAUAAAUAUAACAUCAAAUCAAUAAAUCCUGCCUAUCUGCGGCGUUGCAUAGUCACCGUUGGACAGGAGCCUGACCUCUUUUCUUUUACUAUCAAGGUUUGUAUUACGGAAAAAAGGCAAAAAAAUAAACUUUGGUUAAGGAAAAUAUUGCAUAUGGGAUGGUGGAAAGCGAGGCAACGAUUGAUAAGAUCAUAGAAGCUGCGAAAAUCGCCAACAUCCACAACUUCAUUUCGAGUCUUCCCAGUGUAAGUAUUGGAGAGUCAGUGUGAUGAAUUGAAUCAGUUCGUACGGAUGAGAAAAGAAAAAUGCAGAAUACGAGUUAAGUGGGAAAAACAGCUUAAAACUCAACAGGUCAUUAAUUUUAAUUUUGAGAAUAGUUGUUUGAAACGAAGAAAUGUUCUGAUUUUCAGAAAAAUGAGCAGUGGUGAUGAUAAAAAAAAAUGCGGAUGGAAAAAAAUUCUCCGUGUCCAACUAGUUUUUGAUACUUAUUUUUAGAAAAACUUUUUCAGAUGAUCAUUCGAUUCUUUCAGGGCUACGACACUGAAGUUGGAGAGUUCGGUGCGCAGUUAUCAGGAGGGCAAAAGCAAAGAAUCGCGAUCGCCAGAGCCGUUAUUCGAAAACCAGUGGUACUUCUAUUGGAUGAAGCGACAGCCGCUCUCGAUAGCGCUAGUGAAAAAAAGUAAAUCGUAGACGGAAAAAAAAUAAAAAAAAGAAAAAUUAUAGGAAGUGCAGCACGCUUUCGACAUGCUGAAGAAGUCGGGAAGUGGGUGCACCUGCGUGCAAAGUGAGUUUCGCUUUCAGACGGCAAUAAAUAAUGUUUCCCAGACUGCGACUUUUUCAUCGCGAUUCUAUAAGCGAUACCUUCUCCCCAGCGAUCAAGAACCUUUUCAGUUGCCCAUCGAUUGUCUUCGAUCAGAAAUUCUGACCGAAUCUAUGUGAUCGUUGAUGGAGAAAUCGCUGAGCAAGGAUCUCACGACGACUUGGUCUCCGAGAAAGGAAUCUACUACGAAAUGACACAAAUGUCAUGA